AACAUAGAUGGACCCAUGGGCAACCUGCUGAAAUUAUUCGCCAAGAUCAUAAACUUUGAGUAUAUUUUGGUUCGACCUCCAGAUGGACUGUGGGGAGCCGAACAGCCAGAUGGAUCCUGGUCUGGUAUGAUGGGCAUGGUGCACAGGGAGGAGGUGGAGUUCGCCGUGGGUCCGUUCACCAUCACACCUGAGAGGGAGACUGUGUGCGACUUCUCAGCGGCCGUUCACACCGACGACCUGGCCCUCCUGGUGAUCAGACCGGGACUCACCAACGACAUCAGCGGCUUCCUCAAGCCCUUCAACCCUCUGGUGUGGCUGUUGAUUCUGUGUAGUGCAGUGAGCAUCGGAAUUACCAUGACAUUGGUGGUGAAGGCAGAGGGGAAGGUGUUUGGCUGCUCAACCAGCAACCUCAUAGACAAGAUGCCCACGUGGAUCCUUCAGACCAUCACACAGGAUAGCCCAAAGUGGCUGCCUAGAAGGGACGCCGGCCGCCUGAUAGCGACCACGUGGCUUCUGGCGUCCUUUGUGUUCACGUCCUGCUACAGCGGCAUCCUCACGGCCAUGCUGACGGUGCCUCGGGUCACCAUCCCCAUAGACUCCCUGGCGGACCUGGUGGCCCAGACUCACCUGCCCUGGCGACUGGAGGCUGGCUCCAUGAUGCCAAAGUACUUGAUGGAUUCUGGAGACCCGGUGAGGCAGAAGGUGGUGACGGCGAUGUCCGGCACCUUCCCUGACUGCUGGGAGGCGCGUCGAGCCGUCGCCUCCGGCCAGUACGCCGCCCUCUGCGACCAGACCUCCAUGAAGAAGUCCAUGUCAUGGGACUUCAGCACAACUGGGAAGUGUCACCUGUACAUUGCCAGCCAGAAAGUUUACACAAACGCUAUGAUGGCUCUGGCGUUCAAGGCUAACUCUUCCUAUCGCUCGAGAGCUGACCAAAUUAUCAUGAUGGCAAAGGAGGCUGGGCUGCUGGAGCGGUGGAUGGGGACAGAGAUCACCAACACCAGCCAGUGCCUGCGGCCGCCCACCUCAGACAAGAGGGACGGCAUUUUGGCCCUCAACCUUGAGGCUCUCUCGGGCCCAUUUUUUGUCCUAGCUGUAGGGUUAGCAGCAGGAAUUCCGGUGCUGCUGAUUGAGAUUUUGGGUUACCGUGUGUACGCUCGAUUAGAAGCUCACUCCCACCAAGUAAUCACAAGGUCUUGGGUCCCCAGCCGUCUACGCUGUGAUACGUAA